UUUCUUAUUCUAGGCCUUACGAGUCAACCUUGAUGUGAGGAACCAACAGGAGGGGGUGUCUGUGCUCGGAGGAGGGAAGCAGUUCCGAUUUCAAACAAAAACAAGAAGACUGAAGAGAGAGUGGGUUAGACUUCUUGAACCAGGAAUUCCUCACAAAAAAGUCGAAGAAAAAAAAUCACAACCGAGAAUAUGCCCAGGUCGAAUCGGCAAAGGGAAUACAAGCCUGGCGAUCUCGUGUUUGCAAAAAUGAAGGGCUAUCCACACUGGCCGGCGAGGAUCGAUGAACUCCCAGAAGGUGCGGUUAAGUCUCCCUCCAACAAGUACCAGGUGUUCUUCUUCGGGACCCAUGAGACGGCGUUCCUGGGCCCCAAGGACCUGUUCCCGUACGAGGAGUGCAAGGAGAAGUUCGGGAAGCCCACCAAGAGGAAAGGCUUCAGCGACGGGCUGUGGGAGAUCGAGAACAAUCCCACAGUGAAGGCCGCGGGACACGAGCCUGAGAAGAAAGAGGCCCCAGCGAAGGGGGCGGGGGCAGGCGAGGCGGCGGCCGGGCCGGGGGCGAGGGGGGGGGACGCCGAGGGCAGCAGCGACGAGGGCGAGGGAAACCUGGUCAUCGACGAGAAGAACGAGAAGGGAGCCGCCAAGCGGAAGGCCGAGGACUCGCUGGAGGCUUCUCCAAAACGGCCCAAGGAUGCUGAGGGGGAGGGAGAAACGAAAGCUGACGGCAAGAAAUCCGACGCCGAGGGGCCUGGCGGAGACCGCGCCGAGCUAAAGGCCAAUGACAGCGCAGGGGCGGGGCCCCCGGUUGCCCCGCCCACCGCCACAGCUCCACCCCCUGCUGUCGCUCCACCCAGCGAAUUGAAGCCAGGGAGCCAGGCUAACCCGGCGACUGAGGGCCAAUUAACGGCGGAGAAGGCUUUGACAGACAGCGCUUAACGCCCUGAGAAGCUUGGAGGCCCCGCCCCCUGGCCCCACCCCCCAUCCCAGAACUACAGAUCGUUUUUGGAGACAGAAAAAAUUUGCAGAAUUUCUAGGUUUUUCUGCAGUUAAAGUAAUGGAGACAUUUUUUUGUUGUUGCAAGAACUUAAAUAUUAUGAAAGAAAAUACAAAGCUCAUAUGCCAGUAUUGGAUGUUGUUCAUCUGGGAUCCAAUUAAGCUGAGUUGCAGAGACCAGAUAUAAUACAGUAUAGACAAAAGUUUUAGCCUUGGGGGGAAAGGGUUGUUUUUUUAAGUGCAAUUACAAAGUCUGGCCACUAGGUGAUAAUGAAAGAUUAAGUUAAAUAUGAAACACGCUUGGUUCUCUUUUCAGAUGUUAAUUUGAAAGAAUAAAACUUCAGUAUUUCAGAUACAGAAUUAGCAAUGUUAAUCCAUUUGAAGAGGAAAAUAAUCACUCUGUUACAUACUCGAUUUGAAUCUGUCUUUAGUUUCAGUUUGUUAGUUUGAUACACGUUUGCUAAUCGCUGUAUGUAUGUUGUGCUUCAUAAGAAAGAAAACAUGAACAAGCCUGCAAUAGCAUUCUGGGAUUCAAGAUGUAUACAUAUUAUCUUAAUUUUAUUCCCUUUCUGACCUAACUUGGGUUGAAAUAAUUAGUUUUCUUACGGAUGAUGUUCUGCACAGUGUUUUAAUUGUUUUGCUUUAACUGUGCAUCGCUUUAUAUAUACACCAGUCAGACUGCGUGGUUGAUAUUAAGAUAAGUGGCAUGCUAGAGCUGACCAAAUGUUUUAAGAUAUGUCACCAAAUGACAAUUAGCUCCCACUGUGCUAUUGAAUGUUCCUGGAGAAUUGAUCUACUAUUUUUAUUGAGUUCAUUGAUAUUUAAGAUGUUUAACCCAGCUGCCCAAUUUAUUUGAAUUUUAUUUUUUUUCAUUAAACCAACUCAAACUUAUGGGAAAUCGGUAACAUAAUUGGAUUCGGUCAAACGGCAUGAGUAACUUGCUAAAACGCAAGCUAAAACAUUCCUAGAUGUUGCCUUUAAGGUUUCCGAGUUGCCUCACAGGUACCAAUUUAAAGUUUUAUGGUGCAGCAAAAUUAUAGCCAAGCUUCAAAAGACAAUUUAAAAAAAGAUUUUAUGGGGAUGUACAGUUACUGGUCCCAUGGUUUUUUGUUUUUUUUUUGGGUGUAGUGUGGUGCCAUUGAGGCCCAUUCAUAACUUUUGUCACUGAUACUUGAGGUUUUACAAGAGACUUUAUCCGUACAAAAUCCCUGGCAAAGAAGCUGAAUUCACCGAGGGCUCCCUCACUGUUGACUAACGUGUUUUCCUGUUCUUUGUAGACUUCACCAUUUUAAAAGUGCUCUGAAGUGAACCUGCACUAAGCUUUGGGGAUGAAGUGAUCCCGAUUUGUAACUGAAAGAUAGAUAACAACAAAACCAAAGCUGUUAUCCUGUUUUAUUUAAUUUUUUUUUCUUCAGCGUAUUAAACAUAAGAAGGUAACAAAAAUCGAAUCGAAGUGUCUUAAAUGUUUAUGUAUUCUCAGUAUGAGAAGUGUUACCCCCUGGUUGGGUCAGGUUGUCUUAUUGUUGUGACUGGAGAACUAAAUUUAUUUGUUGUUUUUUUGUUUUUUUUUCUGUUAAAAAAAGUUUCCCUUAUGUAACAUGCACUUAUCGUUGCUUUAAAUUAUGCGAUUAUGUUAUGUUGGGAGCCCCUGAUCUCCUCCCUGGAUGUUGCCUGGAGUGUACUGACCUGUGCCUAGCCCGUUUGAAAACAUGUUUGAUCGAGGCUUUCAUUCAACUUGAUUUCAACACCGUUUUCCCUUUCACCCACCCCCCCCCCCCCCCAAAUCAAACUCAUCCUUUGUAAUACUGACUGAGUGCAUGACUUCUGAGGCCCCCCCUUUCUGAAACAUACUGAGACAUGUAAUGCUUUUUUUGUGUUGUAGCCUGAUCAUUCAUCAUGACCCCGCCUCCUCACCCCCACGCUAUCCCAUCAUCACAUCACAUCUUUCUAGUCAAGUCUCUUUUUAGAGUAGUUGGUUGGGAAAUUCAGACAUAAAACACCUUUUUUUUUUUUCUUCUCUUUUAUGCAGAUUGAUACUCAGCUAUGUUCUAAGCCUAGUUCUGCUGUAGCCUUCAGUUCAUUUGGUUAAAACAAUAAACAAGUUGAUUAUUAAAAA